AUGCAAAAUUCAUUAUUUUUAAUUCAAACUGUUAUAAAGACUACUAUGGGGUGCAAUCUAUAAAAAUAAAAGAAUAAGUAACCAACUCUUGGAUUAUCAAUCUAACAAACAGAAUUACAUUGUAAUGAAUAAAUAUAAACUCCAGAUACCAUGGAUAUGUCCAGUCUUAAAUAACACAAUAUUAUAGUCUUAAAGAAACUACUUGCUUCUUCAAGUCUGAAUGUUGAUCAAAUUGUUAAACCUCCAUUAAAAAAAUACUCGCAUUCCACCUUAAGUAGAAGUAGAAGAUAAUGA